AUGAAGCUGUGGGUGAAGAUUCACCUGGUAGCCUCAGAAGGCUCUCUUAGUCCAAGGACCAUGAGUAACCAGACGCUGGUUACAGAGUUUAUUUUGCAGGCCUUUUCGGAGCACCCAGAAUACCAGGUUCUCUUAUUCAGCUGCUUCCUCUCCCUCUACUCUCUGGCCCUCACAGGUGAUGUCCUCAUCAUCUUGGCCAUCACUUUCAACCCUGGGCUCCACACUCCCAUGUACUUUUUUCUGUUCAACUUGGCUACUAUGGACAUUAUCUGUACCUCUUCCAUCAUGCUCAAGGCACUGACAGGCCUAGUGUUAGAGGAGAGUUCCAUCUCGUAUGGGGGCUGUAUGGCCCAGCUCUAUUUCCUCACAUGGGCCGCAUCCUUUGAGCUGUUCCUCCUCACAGUUAUGGCCUAUGACCGGUAUGCAGCCAUCUGCCAACUGCUGCACUUCAGCGCCAUGAUGAACAAGGCAUUCUGCAGCAUGCUGGUUGCAGGUGUGUGACUGUUCUGUGCCUUCAACACAGCCGUCCACACGGGACUGAUACUGCGCUUGAAUAUCUGUGGCCCCAGUGUCAUUACUCAUUUCUUCUAUGAGGUCUCUCCACUGCUACUUCUCUCCUGCAGCUCCACCUAUGUGAACAGUGUCAUGAUUGUCUUGGCAGAUGCCUUUUAUGGCAUAUUAAACUUCCUGAUGAUCAUCGUGUUAUAUGGCUUCAUCAUCUCUGGUGUACUGAAGAUGCAAACUGCAGAGGGGAAGCAGAAAUCCUUCUCCACCUUUUCUUCCCACCUCAUUGUGGAGUGCAUGUAUUACACUGCUGUCUUCUAUGCCUACAUAAGCCUUGUCACCAGCUACAGUGCAGAGAAGAGCAAGUUGGCCGGUGUGCUGUACACCAUGUUAAGCCCCACCCUCAACCCUCUCAUCUAUACUUUAAGAAACAAGGAGAUCAAAGCAUCCCUCAAGAAGCUUUUCCCUUUCUUCAGAAAUUAA